AGAGAAAUAGACUUCGAGUAAGAUUAAAGGAUGCAGAAGAGGAGCUUCGUCAAGAAAGAGAAAGAAGAGUUUAUGCUGAGAGUAGGAGAAGAGAAGGGUUGGAAGAGGUAGUAGAAGAUAUGUUUGUUGAUGUGGAGGAAGGUUCAGAUGAUACAAUUGAAUAA